AUGCAACCCGGAAAGCGUUCUGCAAAAUUUGAAAAACGUUCUGCCCCUCCUACGAAACGUCGCAGAACAAAUCCACACCCAGCAGCCGAGGAAGAGGACUUGCUGACACCACAAGCACAGGCAAACGCGCCCUCAGCUUCAGCACUGAGCACCAGAGUUCUCCCACCCACUCAUGUCCUCCCACUCACCACCUUAUGUAUUCGCGUCUUUGCGGAUAAUCUCCGCGGGCUGGCCCAGAAUCCUACCGCUUGGGAAGCGAGUCGCCCAUAUCUGAAGCUUCUCCCGGAUGCGCUGGUUUCUAGAGUCUUUGCAGCAUUGAAGGCGACAUCGUCGGCCCUCCUCAGUCAUGCAUUCAUCGUUGCUUAUUUCCUGCGCGGUGACUCAAUAAUACUAGACAGCAGCCUUCCCGGUAUCAGGAAGGCCACUCUCUCCGCCAUAUCUGAAUCUACUUCUAGGGAGACGCUGCGCGAACUGAGUUUGAGUGGAUUUGACAAGGAAACAGACAAUCUCUUUGCAUCUGUCGUAUCCAAACUUCCCUCUCUACAGGUCCUUGUCUUACGAUUUUGUGCCAAAGUGGGCUCAAAAACCGUCGAAGCAGCCGCAAAGAACUGCCCACACCUCUCAGUAGUCAAUCUGAACUACACUGCGGUCACUCCUCUGUCCUUGGUGCCCCUCAUCACCGCUUGUAGAGAUCUCGAGGUGCUCAAGUUGGCUGGUAUUACACACUGGAACGACACAGCGGUCACCAAGCUGUGGAAUGCGCUAGGGGGGGACGAUAAUCUGCAAAAUUUUCAACUGCGGAAACUGCGCACGUUGAAUGUUCGCCAGAACUUUCUCAGCGAUCUUUCCCUGACCACACUUUUGUCUCUAUGUCCCAAUCUGACACGUGUGGAUCUCUCGUUCACCGUCGUUCGAAAUCCUGCAGCAUUGCUCGAGGGAAAGACCCUGGAGAAGCUGUCGUUAACAUCUACAAUGACGUCCAUUGUUGACUUGGUGGCUGUUGUCCCUGGAUUCACGGAACUGAAGACAUUGAAUAUCGGCGCCUUGGGGGGCGGGCAAGGCACACGAACAGCAGCCUUCUCCAAUGCCACGGCGAUGACUCUCACUGAUCAAGGGCUCUGCGAUCUCACCGAUGCCUUGGUUAAUUGCGUCAAUCUGGAGCGUGUUAGUCUGGUGGGCAACACUAAGUUGGGCAUGACUGGUAGACGAGACAGCGCAGUGGCCUAUUUCAUCCGUCAAGUAGGCAGGAAUUGCAAAUACCUGAACUUUGCUAACAUAUCCUCGCUACGUUCCUCUGAUCUGGAGGGACUUCUGUCCGAAAGUAUAGACGAGGGUCCUUGCCCCCUCACAGUAUUACAUCUGAACAACACCGCGGUCGAUGACGACGCUGCUCCAUAUAUUUCUAGUUGCUCAUCACUGAGAACACUCGCACUAGCGGGCACGAAAUUCACAAGCGCAGGACUUUUCCCCAUCAUAGAUGCAUGUCCAAUGCUUGAGGAGCUAGACCUCACAAGUUGUCGAGGCGUGAGCGUUGUCGACCGCAGACGUUUUUUCGAGGUUUGGGACGAAAAGUGGAAGAAUAAAUGA